CUCACGGUCUACUUCUAACUUCCGAUAAGAAGCAGCAGAUUCGCCUAAAACCAGCGCCGGCAUCAUGAAAUCUCUUUUCGUUAUUCUUGUCAUCGUUGCCACGUCUUCGGCUGCCAGCCUCAAGGCUAAGCGCGCUGUCAAAACUCAGAAUCCGUUGGCUUUCGGGGCGUUGGAUCAGCUGCGUGGACGCACCAAACUGAGCGUGCCCGAUCAGUACAACCUGAUUGCCACCGCGCGCGCCGGUCAGGAUUAUCCCAACAAUGUUGCCAUUCCGCAGACGACAUUCGACUGCGGCAGCACUCAUCAGCCUGGUUUCUACGCCGAUCCUUCCCCAGCCUCCCGCUGCCAAGUCUUUCACCGCUGCGACAUCAACGGCAACCAGACCUCUUACCUUUGCCCCAAUAUGAGCGUGUUCAACCAGAUCACCCUGGUCUGCAACUGGUGGUUCGACGUGGACUGCAGCAAGGCCGCCUCUUUCUAUGACUACUCCAACAGCCGUCUCUACCAGGGCGCCGAUGUGCCACUGCUGGAUGACGUUGUCCGAAAGAUGACCGGUGCCGCUGCGUCCGGCCGUGUGCAGGUUGCCGCCGCUCCGGCUCCGGAGGAAGCCGCACCUGCUGAAGCUGCUCCCGCUGACGGUGAAGCCGCUGCAUAGUAGAUCAUGGGGAAAUGCUCAUCGCACUGGCUAUGGUGCCUACUAAGUUCUUGCGAUCUGCUCAACCAGCUGCACAGAUUUUUGUAAAACUGCAAUUGUGUAACAGUGAUUAUGCUAUAGUGAUAGCGACUGCUGCCUGUAUCUGUAUGAAACCAUAAAGUGGA